ACUAUAUUGUUGUUUUAUACUUUUAUUUUCUCUCUCUAUAAUUCUAAAUUCCCCACUACUUGAUAUAUAGUUGAGAGCACAACCUGUGGUUGAGAAACAAAAAAACUAUCUCUUUGUUUCUUCCUAAUUACAAGAUUUGUGUUUCAUCAAAGCUAUCUUCUUUUUUCAUACAAAAAAUAUUAACUUUGUUUAGUUAUUAUUGUAAGGAGAUUGAAGAAAGCAAAAGGGUUUUUUUUUUUUUUACUCAAAAGUUUAUUUUUUUUGAAAUGGUUUUCAUGUCUGAGAUUUUGAGCAUAAAAGAAGAAAAAAUUGAAGAAGAAGGAGAGUGGGAAAAGGAGAGAUAAGAAAGAGAAUCAUACCCAACAAGCAGAAGUAGAGAAAGAUUAAUAAUCCAAAUUGAUAUUGUUUUGAUCUGCUUCUGCUGGGGGAUUAAAAAUGUCAGCAACAAUGAUAAGUGACCCAAUGGAUAUAACAACAUCACCAGAAAGUCAAUCAACAAUUAUAGUUUCACAAACUGAAGUUGAAUUUGCAAUAUGUGACUGUUGUGGACUAACAGAAGAAUGCACACCAGCAUACAUAUCAAGAAUCAGAGAAAGGUACAAUGGAAAAUGGGUUUGUGGAUUAUGUUCUGAAGCUGUAAAAGAUGAAAUUGUAAGAUCUAAAAGACUUGUAAGCACAGAAGAAGCAAUGAUAAAACAUAUGAACUUUUGCAAGAAAUUCAACACUUCAGGUCCUCCAACAAAUCCAACAGUGCAUUUGAUAAAAGCUAUGAGACAGAUUCUUAGGAGGAGUUUGGAGAAUCCAACAAGAGUUAGGUCUACACCAAGUAGUCCAACUAAGAUGAUUAGUAGAGAAAUUCAUGGUUCUGGUGCACUUGCUAGGUCUGAAAGCUGUUUUUCUACUUUGUCUGGUUCAUGAAUUGGGAAUAGAAUAUGAUGCAAGACAAAAAAGGGAAUAUACUGUGUAUUUGGUUGGCCAAAAAUGGAAAAGUUGAAAAGAAAUAAAGAGAAAAAAAUCUUAAGUUUCAUGUUAGAGUUUUAAUUGUAGUUAUGCAUUACAAAAAUUUCAAUCUGUUUUGCUAGAACAAGUUUUGAACAUAAUUUGCUCAAACAAUUUUGCUUC